GCCCGGCCCCGGCUUGCUACAGGUUCGGACUCAUCCCCACCCACUUCCCCAGGCCGGGCCCCAGUGCGCCUGCCUCCUCUGUGCGCUGGCCAAGCCUAGGAUCCUGGCCGCAGAGCGGCUGGCGCUGCCCUGCCCUCGCCCUAGAAUAAAGUAGCGGCCGCAGACAGCGCCUCCCCUCAAUGCACGCGAGCUAGCGAGCGAACGAGCGAGCGCAGCAGCAGCGGCGGCAGAAGCAGCGGCCGCAGCCUCAGCAGCCGCAGCCCGGAGGAGCGGCGAGCAGAGCCCAGCCCGCGAGCGCCCCUGCCUCUGCCUCUGCCCGAGCCCAGCCUGCCCGCCCGGCGGAGAAGGAGGCCCCCGGCUCCGGCGGCAGCAGCAGCAACAGCAGCAGCAACAGCAGCCGCAGCAUAGCCCAGCCGCAGCGCGCCCGGCCGCCCAGCCACGGGUCCUGAAGAGGCUGCCAAAAUGCCCGAGGAAAGUUCUACUAGGCGGACACCCCAGAAUGUCCCUUAUGAGGGCCUUCCCCAUCUGGUCAAUGCAGAUGGGCAGUAUCUCUUCUGCAGAUAUUGGAAGCCCAAAGGGAUGCCAAGGGCCCUCGUGUUUAUCUCUCAUGGUGCUGGCGAACACUGCGGCCGCUACGAUGACUUGGCCCAGAUGCUGACUGAACUUGACUUCUUGGUGUUUUCUCAUGAUCAUGUUGGCCAUGGGCAGAGCGAAGGCGAGAGGAUGAUCGUGUCUGAUUUCCAUGUUUUCGUCAGAGAUGUGCUCCAGCAUGUGGAUUUCAUGCUGAAAGAUCACCCUGGGCUUCCCAUCUUCCUUCUUGGGCAUUCCAUGGGAGGAGCCAUUGCCAUCCUAACUGCUUCCGAGAGACCAAAUAAUUUUUCUGGCAUGGUGUUAAUUUCACCUUUGGUGGUUGCCAGCCCAGAAUCAGCAACAACUUUCAAGGUCCUCGCUGCGAAAGUUCUCAACCUUGUUCUCCCCAACCUGUCCCUGGGGUCCAUCGACUCCAAUGUGAUUUCCCGAAAUAAGACUGAGGUCGAUUCCUACAACUCAGACCCCCUGAUCUGCCAUACAGGACUAAAGGUGUGCUUUGGCAUCCAGUUGCUGAACGCCGUGUCAAGGGUGGAGAGAGCCCUCCCCAGGCUGACACUGCCCAUUCUGCUGCUGCAGGGGUCCGCUGACAAGCUGUGUGACAGCAAGGGAGCCUACGUCCUAAUGGAAGCUGCCAAAAGUCAGGAUAAGACCCUGAAGAUCUACGAAGGUGCCUACCACGUCCUCCACAAAGAACUCCCUGAAGUGACAAGCUCUGUCUUCCACGAAAUAAAAAUGUGGUUCUCCCAUAGAGUAGCCACAGAAGGAGCCACUUCCCAACCCUAAGCUUAUCAACCUGGUUACCAUGUCACGGUCUGUGGGAAAUAGGCAGAGAAAGGGGUGGAAGCUGGUCUCUUGGCUUCAUCUUACCAAACUCUCAAAUUGGAGGGAUUCCUAGCACAAUUUGCUUUAAAAAAUAUGUAGACGUUCCUAUCAUGGGAUGACCCCUCCUGUCAGCUAUUUGAACAUUUCCCUUAAGGGGAGGGGGGUGGGAGGGAGAAACCCUUUAUGGAUAAAGGGUACCAGGUGGGGAAAGAGCUACAGGCAAAUCUCAAGAUAGGGCCUAUAUACCAAUGAUCAUAAGAAGGAGCCCCUCUGCAUUGACUCUCCCAGCCCUCAGUGUGGUUCCUCUUGGAAGCCUGGUAUUACAUGCCACGGGGGGAGGGGCUCUGUCUCUCAACCUAUGCUGCAAUAAUAUUUGCAGUGGUUUUAUAACUGACAGUUUGAGUUUCUCCUCCUAAUGUGAUAAUAUAUAUAGCAGAAGGAUUCCUGCCUGCCCUGUUCCCCCACUUCCCACCCCCAUUUGAUGUUUGAUAGACAGAAAAUGAGUCCUAUAACCAGAGGAGCCAGCUAAGAGAUCUGGCUACUCAUGGGAUCAGUAUAAGUCAUUCCAUGAUCUAAUUCAUGGCUAACUCAGCUGGCUGGGAUCAUAGAGCCUCCAGGACAAGGCUGUCAUCCCACAGAAAAGCUGGACAUGGGGGCAUAUUAAGCUCCUUGUCAAUACAAUCAGUUUUUCGGGGGAAAUCAGAAUGAAAUACUCCAAAGGAGUGUGAAACAUAAGAGCACACAAACCAACAAACCAAGAGACAAUUCUCUAACUUCCCCAAAUAGACCCUUCCCCUUUCAAAGGACAGAAGCCCCAGAGUUAACAGAUAGAUCUGCUAUUAUACUUUCAAAAAAUCUGCCUCGACUUGUUUAACCACUGACACUAUGAAGGAAAGAGACAUAUUUAAUAGAAAAUGUUUAAUAUAUGAUGCAUACAUAUUAUAAGACAAAGUAUUUUGGUGAGUGGGAGAAGUUAAAUUAUCAGAGACCAAGGAGGGUUUGAGAGAACCUUGCUAAAAGAAGUCCACAGUGGAUAUGGGUAAAACCAUCAAGACCCAAGACAGUUGGCCAGCAUAGCUCUUCGUGUCUCUGUCUUCUUCAAAGGGUGCCAUUGGGAUUGCUUAUAUCUCUUAACAUGGCCCCAGAUGGCUAUCUUUGCCCCCAGCUUUGCCCAUCAGCCUUGGGGGAAGACAAGAGUGGACUCUGCUGAUGGAGGCCCAGAGGUGUUCCAUUGCUCUUUGGAAGAUGUUUAUCACUCUGAAGAAGAACAAAAUCUGAGGCUCCUCCACAGGGUCCUUCCCCCCACCCAUAUCCCCCAGACUGACUCUCUGGAAGAGAGCAGUUAUGCCCAUGGCCAUCACCAGCCAAGGCCCAACUGUGUCUUGGAGUAAGAACCAGCAUGACUUGUGAAAUAUAAGCAUUGGAGAUGGGAUAGUUUGGACGGAGAGCUAGUGGUACCAAGAGCCCUGUUGGGUGGCCUGCAUCAAGGAAGCUAAAGUAAGUCUGAACUUCCCAGGAGAUAAUCAGAGGAUAAAAUGAGAGAAAGCAGAAGCUUGCAAGGUGAUGUUGGUGUGUGCAAUGAUCAAACCCUGGAGACAAGUCUUCCUUCCUUCAUCAAUUUGGCAUGGAGGGCACUUCUCACCCCAGGGUUUCCCAAGAAGUCCAUGGUGUACAGGGCACUGGUUGGCUUUGCCAGAUCUAGUUCAGCUCAUCUCCAGUCCCUGAACUUAUAUGAGAGCAUAGAAGAAAAAUUGACUCAGCAGUGUUGCUGCUUGGGUAACUGCUCCCCUAAAUUCCAUUUGGUGCCUUCAGAAUGAAACGAGGGCCACCAAACAUUUCUGGGAGAAGUCACCAGUACUGAGGACACAGUGACUUCUGGCAGAGGGAUCUGAGUGCUUCCAAAUGGCCAGCACAUUCUCCCCAGUCCUGUCUGGCUCGUUGGGAAUGGACCUCAGAGAAGAGGUGGCAGAAUCACUUGCCUCAUUUCCCCAGUCCACCCAGCGCAGCCAGGGGAAUUUAAUAGCCCUAAAAAUACAAAUGUGGGAAAGGCAGAAGCAGAUUGGAGUUUCGCAUAAUUAACUAGCAGAAUUCAGGGGGGAAUCACUUCCUUAAGCCAGCGAGGGAAACUUGUCAUCUCUCUCUGGGGCCCAUGACAGCCCAGGAAAAGGAGGUAGAAAGAGGAGGUCUCCUGCCCUGAUUCCAAUCCAGUGGCCUGCCUCUUCUCAGGUGUUCCCAUCUGCCUCCCUUCUCUCUUUUCUUCCCCUCAGUGAAUGCCAGCAAUAAACAGGGGUCAUGUGGCUACAACGCUGCAGUACUGUCUUUUCCAAAAUGGACUUUUUUUAAACUCUGCAUGGCUCAUCAGACACAAAUUCCACAGCUGUUAUGAAGCUCUGAAAGGGACAAUUCAAGGAGCAAACCCCCACCACCAGGGUCCCUCCUGCCCAUCAAUCAGCCUACAAGACUCAUUUCGGUUUCCAAAACUCCAACCUCACCCACUGAAAUGCCAACACCUGUUUCACAACAGAGAGGGAAAAUCAGAACUUUCUACCACCCUGCUGAAAAGUGAGCUUUUGGCUACAUGCCUUCUUCCCUCCCUUUCCAGGCCUCAAACCCCACUGUAGAUCUGAAGGUGAGGAGGAGCCUCGGAAAAGGCCUUUACUGAAAUAUACCUGCCAUGCCUCCCAGGAGCUAAAAAAGGUGCUUCUUGCUUCUGUUCCAGCUCAGCUCAUUGCCACUUUUGUGGGGCACCAGUAUAUACGCCUAGGUUAUGGUGACCAACAGAACUACUCUGGUAUAGCCUCACCCAUGCCUCCAGGAGCCUGCUUUGGCCACAAGAUCCCAGGCUCAGGGAAGAGUCAAUGACAUGAGCCACCUCAGAGAGAUGGGAACCUCUUCACCCAACUCCUGCAAGACUAGGCUACCUUGGUCACCUAGCUCAAAGGCCACCCCCUAGGCUGGCAGGAGGGUCUUACUCCCGAGCUCAGUUCCACCAAGAUCCAGAGAAUGACAAAUGACCCCUGGUGAGACCAGGAGCACAUAGUAAUUUCACACCCACCUCAACCAGAUCAUUACCAAAGGCAGGAGGCAGACAGGCACCUGUGGGUUAAUAGACACCAUAGUCCAUUUGGUUUCACGUGUCUAGAUUAUGUGAUUCUCUCUCCUUUAGAGUCAGUUGCCUUGGUGGGGAAUAAGGUAGAGCUUGAGUUCUGGGCAAGAGAUUAACCCACACAUGCUUAGCAGGACCAAAGAAUCCAACAAAAGAGCAUUUUUUUUUAGCUGAUGAAAAAAGCAAAAAUCUUAAGUAGGGCCCUCGGCCCUUCUAAGCAAUGAAUGGUAGCUAGUCUUUAGGAUGAGACAGUUGAUCACACUCAUUACCCUCUCUCUUCCCUCCGCAGUUCCUCUGAAAAGCACCCCUUCCCCCACCAGCCAGCCCUCCUAAGCCAGGGCCCAGAGAGUCCUGGGAGGCAGGACCCGAUCUUUCACUGGACACUUUGAGGCCUUAGCUAUGUCCUGCAAAUUUUUCUGAAGCAAGGUAUAAGAGGGAAACUGAUCCAGGUGCUAAGGCUAUUUCAUCCAACUGCCAAUGGAGGGACAGUCCCCCUUGGACUGAGAUCAGGCUUAUUACUGGACAGAAAGGAGCAAGGAUCCCCAAACCUGUAAGAAGGAAAUGAAAACAAAUCCGGGCAAACUGAUAUAGCCAGCCACACCUGGAAGGUGAGAUGGAAAUAAAGGUCAAAAAAGAGGAGGAAGGGAGAGACAGAGACAGAGUGGCAGAGACAGAGACAGAGACAGAGGGAUCUUUGGCUAGUAUACUAGGUCUUAAGGAUACCACCAAGCUAGAGGACAGACCUAUCUGUGAAGAAAUGUUAUCCACCCAUUAGAAUGUAAGUUCCUUGAGGGCAGGGACUGUCUCUCAAUUAUCUUUGUGUUGCCAGCACCUAGCGCUGUGGCUGGCACUGAAUAAAUGCUUGUGAGCAUGUGAUGCCCAGCACCUUGAGCGUGGUCAGAGCUUAAUAAACUCUUGAUUGUUUUGCACUGAAUAGGAAUGGAUUAGGUUGGACUGGAUGUGCAUACAAAGCUUUUGUAUAGGGAUGGAAACCAGUUGUUGCUAGUGAAGGUCCCAUGUCCCCUGGGAAUUUCACCUCUCACCAAGCCCGUUGUCCCCAGUGGUGAUGGGGAGGUGGCAGGUGGCAUCCUCAGGUCUUGAUUCCAAACCAUGUGGACUUCCACCCAUCAGUGGCACUGCCUGCCUUGGGCACUAUUUGAUGAAACUGGGUUUUCCUUUAAAAGAAGAACACAGCCCAAUAGCGAUUGAGCAAUAGUCCUCUGUGCCUGCUUCCUUUCUCCUUCCUGCCCCCCUCACUCUAGAACCCAAAGGCCCUGUGUAACAAAAGGCCAGAAGCACUUUCUGUUCAAGGCUAUUUCCCCUAUCCUGCCCCCCAGCCCUGCACUUUAACCUGUUGUUAACAAAACCUACCAAGACCUUCAAGUAAUUCCCAGCCCAUUCCUCUUGCCAUGUUCCAUUGCAAUUCAAUGACAUAUACUCAUAUAGACUUUUAGUGGGGCAAAUGUGUACAAGUUUAGAACUAUUACAGGAACACAGUGUAUGAUUUACUGCUAAUCAAUAAUAAAGCCUAUGUUUUCUGAA